AUGCAGGAGCUCAGGGUCUUCGUCCAAGUUAAUUUCCCCCUUUUCUUCACCAUGAAGGCCUUCGUUCUUUUUGUCCUCGUUUCCUUGUCCCUCGCUAUUCCCAUCCAUCCUGUUGUCUCUGACUUGAGUUCGCCUCCUCAACAAAAACCUCUCAUCGAACACGCAAUAUUAGCCCCAAACCCCAAUCGCGGCCUGCAAAUUGAGCAUGGAAUGUUCCUCACGAGAAACCUGUCCAAAGUGAACUCUACUUCAAGUUACAAUCAUGCUUUGAAGACGGAACAAUCAUUUUACCGUUUACUAGAGCGGUAUUCUGAUGAGCUCCACGCAUGGGGGCUCCUUCUCCUCGUACCGAUCGCUCUUGGAGUCGUUGAGCUUGCUGAGCGCAUCUCACGAUCGUUGUCUGUCGAGCAAUUCCCCGAACGCGGCAGAGAAAUCCGCCGCAUGGAAUCGCUAAAGGAAAGAGAGCAGUGGGUGCUCAGACGAAAAGAGCGAGAACUCCGAGUUGAGCGAUCACGGUCUUGGUGGAAAUGGUCAAGAUAUUGA